GUGGUUGGUUGUUGCAGAAACCAAUAAAAUAACGAAACAAACCAUUCCCAUUCUUUAAUACACAACAAAUAAGAUCCUCUCUGUCUCUCUCCUCUUCAUCAUCCAUUCCUCGUUUCUCACUCUCGCGAAUCUCACCACCCAUCAACAAAAACAAACAAACACAGAACAAGAAAUCUUCCUUUCUUUCUCUCUCUCCUUUUCUCUGUUGCUGUGUAACGGAAAAAGCCUGGGGGGUGAAUGCAGUUUAGGUCAACAAGAUCUCUUCUGAAUUCAUGAUUGAAUGAUGAUGAUUUUGUCUAUUGUCUAUUGAUUAGAUGAAAUUUUGUUAUUCCUGAAUUGAUUUUCUUCCUAAUGGACUCGAUCUGGAGUCGUGAUGGCGUACCUGAAGUUAAACAUUUCUCCAUUGCUAUCUUUUUCGCUAUCUUCUUUAUUGCUGCUCAUUUCUUCUUAGAUGCAUUCCUAUUCCAGAAAUUUGCAAAAUGGUUAUUAAGUGAUGGAAUUGUUCCGUUAAAGAUGACAAAGUCUAUAAAAAGAAAAGUUGCAAAAUGUUCAGAGUCUAUGUGGAAGCUAACAUAUUACGGUACUGUUCAAGCUUGUCUUCUUACUGUUAUCUACCACGAACCAUGGUCCAGGGAUAUUAAUCAAUACUUCAAAGGCUGGCCUAAUCAAGAGCUCAAGCUUCCUUUUACGCUUUUGUACAUGUGCCAAUGUGGAUUUUACCUAUACAGUAUCGCUGCACUCCUGACAUGGGAAACUCGACGGAAAGAUUUCUCCAUAAUGAUGUCUCAUCAUAUUGUGACUGUGUUCCUAAUUGGGUUCUCAUACUUUACAAGUUUCUUCCGGAUCGGUUUGAUUGUUGUUGCCCUGCAUGACGCAUGUGAUGUAUUCAUGGAAGCUGCUAAAGUCUUCAAAUAUUCUGAAAACGAAUUUGCAGCUAGCGUCUUAUUUGGUUUCUUUGCAGUCUCAUGGGUCAUUCUGCGGCUGGUAUUUUUUCCAUUUUGGGUGAUCAGAUGUUCCAGCUACAAUCUCAUUGAGGUCUUGAAGCUGUCAGAGGCUUAUCAUACAUUCUUAUACUAUUUCUUCAAUACAAUGCUAUUGACUCUACUUAUUUUCCACAUAUACUGGUGGAUUCUCAUAUAUUCGAUGAUCAGGAGACAGUUGAAAAAUAGGGGAAAAGUUGGAGAAGAUAUUCGAUCAGAUUCAGACGAUGACUAGUAGUUAAAGGUGAUGAUAAUUUGAAAGAUGGAAUUGAUGUUUCCUAGUGGAUGUUUACAUCAUUCUCCUGUUCAUGGCACCAAUCUGGAUCGAAUUUUGCUUGACCUGGUGAAAAUCACAUGGGGGUUCGUAGAUAAUUCUAAAAUUUUCAUUUGAUAUCCUUUUGCUAGUCCAGAAAAUGUAACUGACCAUAGGGCCAUCCAGUAUAUUCAUGCUCGAUCACCACCUUCAUUCAUUGUAUACUAGAUAUGUUGUAUAAAUUUUUAUCUCAUCAUUCCCCCC